AUGGCACGUGUAAUUUUGUUUACGUGCAAUACGGUGCAAAAGUUAGCUAAAACUGGGUCAAUCGGCAUAUUCUCAGCUCCGCGAGUGCAUAAACAUUCCCGUACGAGUAAAAUCAUGACCGAGGAAAGUGCAAAACCGGGGUCGUUGAAAACGAUACGGGAAGGCAGUGCGGAAAUAUUGGUUGCGGAACACGUAUUCUAUAACCCGGUGCAGGAAUUCAAUCGUGAUCUUAGCAUCUGCGUCCUGACAACCUUCUCGAGAAUAUAUCAGCGGGAAAAGGAUGAAGAACGCCGACGGAAGAAUGCGUCGGAACCUGACGCUGGAUCGGCGAGUGCGACGCUGGAGGCAGGAGUAAAACAUGAGGACGGAUUACGCAUCCUGGAGGCGUUAUCUGCGACGGGCCUGCGAAGCAUACGGUACGCGAAGGAAAUACCAGGCGUUAAGGAAGUCAUUGCAAACGAUCUAUCCAAAUCCGCUGUUGAAUCGAUCGAGCAGAAUGUGAAGCACAAUCAAAUGGAGUAUCUGAUCAAACCCAGCUUUAACGAUGCGAUGACGCUUAUGUAUAUGUCAACCAAGCCGGACCAACACUUCACGGCGAUCGAUCUCGAUCCGUACGGCCAUCCGACACGCUUUCUCGAUGGUGCCGUACAAAGCAUUGCCGAAGGUGGUUUGCUUCUUAUCACCGCCACCGAUAUGGCCGUUUUGGCCGGGAAUUCGCCGGAAGCGUGCUAUGUCAAAUACGGAUCAGUACCGCUCAAAACCAAAGCCUGUCACGAGAUGGCGCUGCGGAUACUGCUACGCUGCAUCGAAACGACAGCUACCCGAUACGGACGGUACAUGAAGCCGUUGUUGAGCAUAUCGGCCGAUUUCUACAUCCGCGUGUUUGUCCGCAUUUACACCGGCCGCUACCAGUGCAAAAAGAGUAGCAGCAAACAGUCGAUGGUAUUCCAGUGCACGGGCUGUGAAGCGCUUACACUGCAACCGUUGGGCGUACUGAAACCGAAUCCGACCGGAGCGAAUCCACAACAGAUUAAGUUCGGCAUUCCCACAGGGCCGUUCGUUGGAAGUCGCUGUGAGCAUUGUAAUCAUCAGCACCAUAUGGGUGGUCCAAUUUGGUCCGCACCGCUGCACGAUGAGGAAUUCCUUGAGGAACUUCUGGAUACCGUAGAACAGGAAGAUUCGAAGCGAUUGACGACAAUCAGACGGAUUUACGGUACGUUGGCAGUUAUCCGAGAGGAGCUGCAUGAUGUACCACUUUAUUAUGCUCUGGACCGUAUGUGUGGCAUACUGAAGCUAGAAUCGAUCGGUAUGCUAUCCUUGAGGUCGGCGUUGUUGCACGCCGGUUAUCGUGUGUCCUAUUCACACGCCAGCCGAACCUCAAUUAAAACCGACGCCCCAAUUAGUGUGCUUUGGGAUAUUCUUCGCUGCUGGCAUCGGUUACAUCCGGUUAAGGCGGAACGAUUCCUGGAAGGUGUACCGUUGACGGCCAUUCUAAGCAAGCAGCCAUCCCAAGAGUACAACAUCGAGGCAAUACAUCCGGAUGCGAAUCCACCCAGUCGGAAGGAAUCGCUUAGCCGUUUCCCGGAGAAUCCUACCGCACACUGGGGUCCUGGUACGCGGGCGACACAAAUGGUCAGCGAUAAUAAAAUGCUCAAAAGUGUACAGAACCAGAACAGACGGAAGCAAAAGCGGGCACCAAAAAACGAGCCGGCGGAUCAGGAGAACGAUGUCAAGGCCGAAAGCGAAUCACCGGACAGGAAGGUUCCGAAAACUAUUACUACGGACUGCUAAGGCAAGCAGACUCGUUAC